AUGCUUGAUCCUCAAAUCGCUAAGCAGAUACUAAAGCUCCUGGAUUUUGAUGAUUCAGGGACUGUUCGAGUUUCCGAUCUCCGGAAAGCCUUCAUGGGUACUGGAUUAUCGCAGGCCGACGUGAACGAAUUCAUUCGAGCUUAUGCUCGGGUCGAUAAUGGUGUUAUUAAUCUCGAAGAACUUACAGAAAUCCUCAACACCGUCCACAGGAAGACCAGCAGAGCCAUCUGA